GUCAGAAAAUUGUGAAGUAAGCGAACAGAGUAACUGAGAGCUGAGAGGGAGAAGACGCUUCCAUUCUUUUAGUGCAGUGGGCUGAGGCAAAAAGGCCAUUGUAAUGGUAAAUUGCUUGCAGAAAGGAAGAAAAGACUGAUAAUCAAUCACAAAUGAAGCAUUCGUUUGGAUUUUGGCAAUUUACUGGCCAGGGGCUUUUAAAUCCAUAAACUUUUUCUUUUUUUCUUUUUUUGCCCACAUCUUGAAAAGCACAGUUUUGAUCUGCUGAAGACAGGAAGAGAAAUCUUUACCGAGAUUUUUCUCAUGCCCAGAGUACCUGGGACUGGGGAGAGCUGUAUGCUGAAACUAAAAUCCUGAGGGAGAAGCAGCGUGGUGAAAUGUUGAUGGGGCUGUUUUUAACCCAUCACCUUGGACUCUGGCUCUGAAGCAGAACUUUCCACCUCAGGCUCUUCUUGUUUCUCGUAUUCAGGGAUGUCUUGUGGUGGGCUUCUGGGGACUUGGAUUUCCAGCCUGGUCUCUCUGUGACUGCCUGAGUGAGUUUUGUGUUUGCCUGAGUAUGUGAUUAGGGCAGAUGAGGAUGUUAGAUAACAUCAACAGCAGCAUUUCCCCGUCAGAGUGCAGCAUCACCCACAAGGGAAGAUACAUCUACCUGGAGGCACUGCUGCACGGAGGGGCUCCAUGGGGAUUCACCCUGAAGGGCGGGCUGGAGCACGGGCAGCCAUUAAUCAUCUCAAAGAUCGAAGAGGGAGGGAAGGCAGAUUCCCUGCCUUCCAAGCUGCAGGCUGGUGAUGAAGUGGUGAACAUCAACGAGGUGGAGCUGAGCAGCUCCAGGAGAGAGGCCAUCUCCCUGGUGAAAGGCUCCUACAAGAAGCUGAAGCUUGUCGUCCGCAGGGACACCCAUGCAGCACAGGGAUGCACAGAGCUCUGUCCCAGCCCGCUCAGCCAGGACUGCGUGAGCACUGACUUCCCGCCCAGCAAAGCCGCGUGGGCAGCAGGAGUCAAGUUACGGCUGAAGACCAGGCGGAGUGAGACUCCAGGCCGACCUCACUCCUGGCAUUCCACCAAACUCGCCGAGACCCAACCCGAUCCCAGCAUGAUGCAAAUAUCUCAGGGCACGCUUGGCACCCCUUGGCAUCAGUCCUACCACUCCAGCUCCUCCACCAGCGAUCUGUCUGCGUACGAGCAUGGCUACCUGAGGAGGAGCCCCGACCAGUACAGCUCCCGGGGCAGCAUGGAGAGCCUGGAGCACUCCUCCCCUGCCUACCACCCCUGCCACCUGUCCCCGGCCAAAUCCACCAGCAGCAUCGACCAGCUGUCCCAGCUGCACAGCAAGCGAGACUCGGCCUACAGCUCCUUCUCCACCAACUGCAGCAUCCCCGAGUACGGCGCGGCGCCGGCGGGGCGGGAGCGGCCGUGCAGCCCGGCGCCGGCCCCGCGGCAGGCCGACAUCCGCUACGUGCGCACCGUGUUCGACGCCCAGCAGCGCGUGGCCCGCGAGUACGAGGUGCCGCCCUCGGCCCUGCCGCCCUCGGCCGCGCCGCCCGGCAGGCCCCCCGCCUGGGCACAGCCCGCCUGCCUCAGGGCGGCGCCGCUGCCGCCCGCUCGCAGCGACAGCUACGCCGCCACCAGGCACCACGACAGGCCCGGCGCCGGCCUGGAGCCCGGCAAGCCCGGCCGCGCGCAGCCCAAAGGCGCCUGGGCGCCGCUCAGCAGCUCCCUGCCCUUCGCAGAGGGGCACCUGCACACCGUGCUGGAGAAGAGCCCGGAGAGCAGCCCCGGCACGAAGGCCAAGCAGGGCUACGCGCAGGCAGCCCAGCCGGGGCAGCCCCUGCUGCCCACCGGCGUCUACGCCGUGCCCUCCCCGGAGCCGCACUACGCCCAGGUGCCCCGGCCUUCCGCCAGCAGCACCGGGCUUUACCCAGCCCUGGCCAAAGAGAGCGGGUACUCCCCAGCCCUGCCGGCCUCUUACGACAAGGCAGCGGCCAGCAGCACCCUGGGCUCGGAUGAGAAUGGAAACCAAAGCACUGCAAACAGGUCGGCCGUCUUCUACCAGCCCCUUGCCACUGAGAGGAAGCACGAAGCCAAACUCAUCCAGCAGAAACCUCCCAGCGCAGCAGGCCCCGAGCUCUGCCUGGCUGUGUCGCAAAAGGAGGAGCUGUUACCCCUUUACAAGGCAGCACACGGCCACCAAGACACCACGGGUACCACACAGGCCUCCAAGCCCGUUUUCCAGGGUCCACAACCCCAGCUGAGGGAUGCUAGUGAGAGGAAAACCCCUUACCAGCCCAAAGAGGACUGGACACUUGGAUCCCAGGAGGACAAAAAUGGCAACGCACAGGUAAAUGAGAGAGACACUGGUGCUUCCCUCCCAUGGGCUCACAACAAGGCCAAGCAGUACAGCUUCUCUUCCUUGCAGAACAUCCCAGAGAGCUCCAGGAGGCAAAGCAGCUUCGAGCUAAGGGAGAUGCAACCAAGCGAGGAUUAUUCCAACACCAAACUGUCCUUCCUGAACAGCAGUGGCAGAGAUGACAAGGAUCACAGGGAACAGGGGCACAGACAGUGGAGCAGUGUGGACCCACAGGCCUUCACGAGGCAGGAGGAGGAGGGCACGAGUGUGGCUCUGUUCCAUGCUGCUGAGCCAAAGUGCAAAGAGCCCCCUUCUCCUCAGCUCCCAAGGACCUUGGAUUUCGGAAGGAGCCGGCUCAGCUCUAGCAGCACCCAAAGCUUUCCCUACAGCAAACCAGAGGCUGGCAAGCCCCGCUGCUCGGUGCUGGAGAAGGUCAACAAGUUUGAGCAGCGGGAGCAGAGCACUCCCCGGCCCCAGAGCACCGGCAUUCCCAGCUUUGGGCAGCACUACGGGCCGAGCAGGAUGAGCCAGCCCACCGGCACACGGUGCUCUGUGCACAGCCCAGAGGGCACGAGGAGCAAGCUGCCCAGUGAGCCUGCCAGGGGCUCCAGCCCGUCCAUCAGGAACGGCAAGCUGGAAGAGGCCGACUGGCACCCCGUAGAGCUGCAGAUGGUGGCGUCGGUGAAGCAGGCAAGACACAGUGAGUAUUACAGCCCGUGUCCUGAAAAUGAGGUGCAGAUAAGGGCAGCUCAGCUUCCACGGAGCAGAAGCACAUUCCAGCUGGGAGGCGAGCCUGAGAGGGAGAUGCUCUGGAGGGAUAACAUGCAGGAUGCGCACGGGUCGCAGCUGGACACGUCCUUUAACAGGGCCUACAGGAACAGCAUUAAGGAUGCCCAGUCCAGGGUGCUGAGGGCCACCUCGUUCCGGCGGAUCAGCCCCCCGUUCGGGAACGUGCCCCGGAGGGUGCCCCCGAGGCCUGCCUCGGCCCACGUGGGCAUGAGGAGCACGGCGGCGUCCCCACACACCCCCAAGGAGAGGCACAGCAUCACGCCCACGGAGGGAGGCUUCUCCAGCCUGGACUACGGCAGGACGCAGCACGUGCUGCGCAUCGGGGGCCGCAAGCGGCUGACGGCCGAGCAGAAGAAGCGCUCCUACUCGGAGCCCGAGAAGAUGAACGAGGUGGGCAUCUCGGACGGGGAGCCCUCGCCUUUCUCCUUCCAGAAGAAAAGCAUCCAUUUUAUCUUCCCGGAGAGCACGGUGGCCGACCGGCGCAAGAUCUUCGAGAGGGAGGGCAAAGCCUCCUCCACAGCCAGCCUGUCCAAGCCGGAGCUGAAGCAGCUCCAGCAGAGCGCCCUGGCCGACUACAUCGAGCGCAAGACGGGGCGCCGGCCGUCCUCGCAGGACGCGGGGCUGCUCCGGGAGCGCUCCCACAGCUCCUACCUGCAGCUGGGCGGCCCCGACAGCCAGAGCCUCUCCUCCGCCUCCAGCAUGAACUCCCUGCAGGAGCAGAGCCUCUUCCGCCGCAGGGAGUCCCUGGAGCGGCUCCCCAGGGCGGGACGGGUGUCCUCCACCCUCCCCGCUGGGCUCGUGGACUACCUGGACACGAGCGGGGAUGAGAAGGCGCCGGGGCGCCAGGACAGCCUGCUCACCAGCCGGCCCAAGCCAGAGCGGUGCCGGGAUUACAGAGCCAGGCCGGAUCUCACCAAGGGCACGCAGACAGACCUGCUGGGUGUGCAGGGCCAGCCCCGCUACAGGAAGCAGGAGCAGGUCCUGGGAGCACCCUCCACCGCCAGGAAAGCCGGGAAAUCCGUGUCUGUGGAGGACUUGCUCGAUAGGUACGACAGUCGGCCGGUCCCUGUGCACGUGCGCUCCAGGUCCUCUCCCACAGCGGACAAGAAACACCAGGAGCUGCUGAGGAGGGAGAGCAGUGAUUUCAGCCCCAUGGUGAGGGAUCCCUUCUAUGUGGUGAGCGCAGGAGCCAGGUCUUUCAGCAAGAAGGAAAGAAGCUUCUCAGAGAAAGUGGCACUCACAGGUUGCUAUCCCCGUCCCCUCCGCAGCACAGAGGUUGUCGCCGGGCCUGCCACGCUGGUUGAGAAUCACAAGCUCUCAGAACUGUCCAGGCCAGAUAGCAGGACUUCUGCGUUUUUCCCAGCCCCAGCAGAGGCAAGGAGUCACUAUGCUGAGCAAAAGCAAGGCUUUAAACCCUUGUUCCUUAACCUUACUCCUUCUGGGUCUGGCCACUCUUCCCCUAACCCCCCCGCGCAGGCUGGCUCGGACGUGCAGAGCACAGGUGACAGCCAGGCUCCGAGGCAGCAGCACGCCAAACGAGAGGCUGUUCCUGCUGAGGGCAGCGGGGGCACUGAGGCACAGCCUCUGGAUGCUGCCCAGGACAGAUCCCCCGAGGCUGCCACGGAGGAGAUGCUGUGGAGGAGGAGAGCGGGGCUGCCGCACAGGUCCCUCCCGCCCAGGGCGGCGUGGGCUCCUCCGGCCACAGACGGCGGCCACGCCAGGGCCGUGCUGUCCCCUGCGGCCGGGCCCCGGCCCUCGCACAGGUGGCAGUCCCUGCCCGCGCAGAGCAGCACUUCCUCCGAGCCGGAGCCUCCCUCUCCGCAGGGCACGGCCCAGCUGCGCAUCUCGGAGUCGGGGCUGCAGCUCACGCCGCCGCCGCAGGACGAGGAGGACGACGAGGUGUUCGUCACGCCUUCCCCGGCGCCCCUCUCCCGUCCCGUCCCCGAGCUGAGCUCGUGCACUUCUGCCAGCGGCACGCAGGAAUUCCCACCCCCGCCCCCUCCCCACGGGGGCCACGGGGCAGCUGGAGACAAAUCCCCCCAGCUCCCAGAGGAGGCCAGCCUGAGCAGCUUCAAAAGCUUUCCCAAAGCCCUGGCUGAGAGGGAGAUGACAGGGCUGGGCACCAGCGCCGGUGAAAAUAAUUGGCCAACCCCAUUAAAGAGGACUGGCUCUCCAUCUGCUGUGGAUCAGCAGCACCAGACCCCUGCUUCUUCUGAAGGGUCUCAGAGCACUGACAGACAGCCCAUAACUCAGCCUGAAGGUAACCCCAGAGAGCCAGCAUUGGAAAAUGCCAGCCUGGACUCCGGGAUAACCAGCACAGCAUCCCCAGUGAAAGCAAAGAACAAGACCCCAGAGGAUAUCAAGUCAGAGGCUCUAGCAAAAGAAAUUGUCCAUAAAGACAAGUCUCUGGCUGAUAUCCUGGAUCCAGAUUCCAAAAUGAAGACAACCAUGGACUUGAUGGAAGGGAUUUUCCCCGGUGGAAGCAGCGUGCUGAAGGAGAACAACAUGAAGAGGAAGAUGUUGCAGACACAAGCCAGCAGGACGGCGGUAGCGGGUGACACGAGAGAGGAAAAGGAAGCUUCUGUCACCCUUGUCACCUGUCCUGCUUACUACAGCGUUUCAGCACCCAAAGCAGAGCUGCUGAAUAAAAUCAAGGACUUGCCAGAAGAAGUAGGUGAGGAAGAAGAGCUGCUGGACAUCAAUGAGAAAAAGGCUGAGCUCAUCGGGAGCUUGACCCACAAACUGGAAAUCCUGAAGGAAGCCAAGGAGGGCCUGCUCGAAGACAUAAAGAUGAAUAAUGCUCUGGGAGAGGAGGUGGAGCUGUUGAUCAGCACGCUGUGCAAACCCAACGAGUUUGACAAGUACAAGAUGUUCAUUGGCGAUCUGGAUAAGGUGGUGAACCUGCUGCUCUCCCUCUCGGGGCGCCUGGCCCGCGUGGAGAAUGUCUUGAGCAGCCUGGGGGACAGCGCCAACAGCGAGGAGCGGAGUUCCCUGAACGAGAAGCGGAAGCUGCUGGCUGGCCAGCACGAGGAUGCCCGCGAGCUGAAGGAGAACCUCGACCGUCGGGAGCGGCUGGUCUUGGACAUCCUGGGCAACUACCUCUCUGAGGAGCAGCUCCAGGACUACCAGCACUUUGUGAAGAUGAAGUCUGCGCUCCUCAUAGAGCAGCGAGAGCUGGACGACAAGAUCAAGCUGGGCCAGGAGCAGCUCAAGUGCCUGAUGGAAAGUCUGCCCGCGGGCUUCACGCCCAGGGACGCGGCAGCAGCGGCUGCCCUGGCUGCAGCACUCAAUACCUCCUCCGGCCUCGGGGGGAAAGCACCUCCAGCAGCCUCUUCCUCGCUCUAACCUGGCCCAGGCGGGGCUGGCCACAGCCCUGCCCGAGUCCCUCUACUCCCAGGACCUGGCAGACAAUGGACAGAGACAGGUCUAAACCAAGAUUUUAAUGAAGGAAAAAAAAAAAAAAUAGCAAUAAUAAAGGUUUUAUUUUCCUUUCCUUUCACCUCUGCUUCCCGGAAACUUAAAUCAAGGUGGAGGGAAAUCUCCUCCUGCCAGGGAUGAGGAAGAAUCUCACAGGAAUUAAACACAUGACGUUUAAUAAAAAACAUGACCUCCUCUCUUCCCUCCCUUUUCUGCCUACCUGACACCUCAUUAAAUAAUGAAGGAUCUAAGAAUGAAGCCUUAAAAAUAAAACCAACCCGUUUUACUGAA